CUCCAUCCAGCUAAACUUGUGAAGCCAAUGUGUACCUCAAAACUGAAUAUUCAAGAUUUCCCAAGUGCCAGUGGACCUGGCCAUUAUGAAGUCACCAUACUGGGUAUAAAUCAUGAUCUAGCAAUAGAUGUGUCUUUGCCUGUAUAUAAGGACUUCAGGCUGUUUGGCCCAAAUUGUCUUCCUAAUCAUAUGCAGUGCCUCAAUCUAGAUUGGAAUGCCGAAACCCAGGAUCAUCACUGGCUGUCUCUUAAAGAUGAACUUGUGAAGUAUUCUAGUGCACAGGACAGCCUGCAUACCAUAUGUAUCCUGGACAUCUGCCACCUGGAAGAAAGAAAAGUGGAAGUUUUCCUAAAC